AUGUCGCUCCACGCUCUCUCUAUUCCCUUCCGCCAUGGCUCCUCUCUCAAUCUUCCCCUCCACGGCACUCAGCGUCGCGCGUUUCGCCCGACGGAGUGCAGAAUUCGCCAAGGGAAGAAACCCGUCGCACAGCUGUCGCAACUGUCGCAGGCCGCCGUCGCAGUAGAGGUGGAGGAGGAAGUCGACGUGGGGAUUAUGCAGCCUCACGAAAUUCACCAUUCGCAUCCACAUGUCGAGUCGCCUGGCACCUCCUCCAGCAGCACCCCUCCAGGCUCCCCUCGUCGCGGAGCCGGCAAGUCUGCCGGCGCCGGUAAAAGUACCGGCGAUCGCGCGGGAGCGUCGAGCGUGGCAUCCGGAGUGCGGCUCGAGGGAGUCACUAAGACGUUCAAGGGAGUGCAGCUUUUAACGGAUAUUUCGUGGGAGGUGAAGCGCGGCGAGCGCGUGGGUCUUGUCGGCGUGAAUGGCGCGGGGAAGACUACGCAGCUGAAGAUUAUAACGGGGGAAAUCGAGCCAGACACAGGCGUUGUUCUUAAAGCGAGGUCGAACAUGAAGAUUGCAUACCUCACGCAAGAGUUCAAUGUCGUCCCUUCGCGAACGGUUCGCGAAGAGUUCCUGUCCGCGUUCGCGGAGCAGAUGGACAUUAAAGACCGGCUGGAGGAGGUCCAAGCCGCGCUAGAACGCGCCACGGAGGACAUGGAUUUAAUGUCGCGGCUUCUAGAUGAGCUCGACGACCUCCAGAAGAAAGCCGAGGCGCUCGACUUGUACAGCGUUGACGUGGCGAUUAAUAAGAUGAUGCCGGAGCUAGGGUUCGGUCCGGAGGAUUCGGAGCGGCUCGUGGCUUCUUAUAGCGGGGGGUGGCAAAUGCGAAUGUCGCUGGGGAAGAUUCUGCUGCAGCAGCCGGAUUUAUUACUCCUGGAUGAGCCUACUAAUCAUCUGGACUUAGACGCGAUUGAGUGGCUUGAGAAGAACUUAAAGCAACAGGACGUUCCCAUGGUGAUCGUCUCUCACGAUCGCGCGUUUUUAGACCAGUUGUGUAAUAAGAUCGUGGAGACUGAAAUGGGGAUUAGUAUGACGUUUCCGGGGAAUUAUAGUGCGUACGUGGCGGCGAAGGCGGAGUGGAUCGAGGCGCAGCGGAUGGCGUGGGAGCGGCAGCAGAAGGAGAUUGCGCGCACGGAGGAUAUGAUUGCGCGGCUGCAGGGAGGGGGGAACGCGGGGCGCGCUUCUUCCGCGGAGAAGGCUCUCGAACGCCUGCAAGAGGAGGGCGCGGUGGAGAAGCCGUUCGAGCGCAAGCAGAUGCGGUUCCGCUUCCCGGAGCUGGAGCGCAGCGGGCGCAUCACAGUGCAGAUCGCAAACCUCUCGCACAGCUACGCGAAGCGCAGCGCCGGCGGGGAGGAGCAGCUCAAUGUGUUGUUCGACAAGGCGAAGCUUCAGAUCGAACGCGGAGAGAAGCUGGCGUUCAUCGGACCCAACGGGUGCGGCAAGAGCACGUUGUUGCGAUUUAUUAUGGGGUUUGAAGAGCCCGAGCACGGCAUUGUGGCUCUGGGGGAGCACCGCGUUGUGCCCAACUACUUUGCGCAAAACCAGGCCCAGGCACUUGAUCUAGACAAGACGGUGUUGCAGACGGUGGAGGAGGUGGCGGAGGGGUGGAAGAUGAACGACAUCAAGGCGCUGCUGGGCAGGUGCAACUUCAAGGGCGACACGCUGAGGCGCAAGGUGGCGUUCCUCAGUGGCGGGGAGAAGGCCCGUCUGGCUCUGUGCAAGUUCAUGGUCACCCCGGCCACGGUGCUGGUACUGGACGAGCCCACCAACCACCUGGAUAUCCCCACCAAGGAGAUGCUCGAGGAAGCCCUGAGGGAGUUCACAGGCACGGUGCUGGCAGUCUCCCACGAUCGCUACUUCCUGCGCCAGAUUGUGAACCGAGUGGUGGAGGUGAAGGAGAAGAAGCUGCAGGAUUACAGCGGUGAUUAUAACUACUACCUGGAGAAGAACCUGGAGGCGCGGCGCAAGGAGCUAGAGAGGGAGUCGGAGGUGGAGGCGGCUGCUCCUGUUGUGAAGGCCAAGAGCAAGAUGAGCAAGGCGGAGAAGGAGCUACAGAAGAAGCAGAAGGCACAGGCGUUUCAGACCAAGCAGUCGCAGGGGAAAGUGGCCAAGAACGCCAAGCGAUGGUCGUAG